UGCCUUUAAAAAUUCACUAAUCACAAAACUUAAAACAUGAGGCUUUAGAAGCCUCUCUCAAGUCUCAUAUUUUGUCUGGAAGAGGGAGUGUCCAUGUGGAUUACUCCUAUUAUCCCAUGAUAAUGGAAGCUUAUCUUUUCUCUCUCACUCCUCCUUUCAACUGUUAACGAUUAACGUCCAUUUUUAGGCCAUUAACAAAUACUAGAGAGAGAAACCAAUCAAUUAGCAAUGGCAACCCAUGGACUCCUACUACCCACUUCCAGUUUAUUUCGGAGAACAAAACCCAGAAUUACAAAUUCCCAUGGCUGUAGAAACUAUACAAGUUUGAUUGUAAGGAGGGUGGUGUUAACACCUUCUAGUACCUUUCCUGGAGGACAAUCGAGAGUUGGACAAGUACAAGCUACUCGGAUUCUUACCAGAUGUGUGUCAGCAUCUGCACAGUCUUUGACUGAAGAAAUUACGGAGGAGAAGCCUGUUGAUGAUCCCAACAGUGGGAAUUCCAUUAGGCGGAGGUUUCUUGAGUUUUUUGCCGCCCGUGGUCAUAAGAUGCUCCCAAGUUCGUCUCUUGUACCUGAUGAUCCUACUGUUCUCUUGACAAUAGCGGGAAUGCUCCAGUUCAAGCCCAUAUUUUUGGGACAGGUACUUAGACAAGUGCCUCGGGCCACGACUGCUCAAAAGUGCAUACGUACAAAUGAUGUGGAGAAUGUUGGUCGGACAUCUCGUCAUCACACAAUGUUUAUUAUGUGUGGAAAUUUCAGUUUUGGAGAUUAUUUCAAAAAAGAGGCAAUUGUGUGGGCAUGGGAACUUUCAACCAAAGAAUUUGGCUUACCAGCAGAUAAAUUGUGGGUUAGUGUUUAUGAAGAUGAUGAUGAAGCCUUUGCAAUAUGGCAUGAUGAGAUUGGUGUUCCGGUGGAGCGCAUAAAGAGAAUGGGUGAAGAAGACAACUUUUGGUCCAGUGGAGUGACUGGUCCUUGUGGCCCAUGCUCUGAACUUUAUUAUGAUUUUCAUCCUGAAAGAGGUUGUCUGGAUGUUGAUCUAGGUGACGAUACAAGAUUCAUUGAAUUCUACAACCUGGUUUUCAUGGAAUUUAACAAAACAGAAAAUGGAACUCUCGAGCCAUUAAAGCAGAAGAAUAUAGAUACUGGUCUUGGUUUAGAAAGGUUGGCUCGUAUUCUUCAGAAGGUUCCAAAUAAUUAUGAAACAGACUUAAUUUAUCCAAUAAUAGAGAAGGCUUCAGAAUUGGCUAAUGUUUCCUAUGCAGUUAGCGAUGAUUCGGCAAAGACAAAACUUAAAAUUAUUGGGGAUCAUGUUCGUGCGGUUGUUUAUCUGAUAUCUGAUGGUGUUAUUCCAUCAAAUAUUGGGAGAGGUUAUGUGGUACGGCGCCUUAUUAGGAGGGCUGUUCGAACAGGAAGAUUACUUGGCAUAAAAGGUGAUGGUAAAGGAAACCCUGAAGGAGCAUUUCUGCCUGUUAUAGCGCAGAAAGUCAUAGAAUUGAGCACUGAAAUAGAUCCAGAUGUUAGAGGCCAGGCAUCCCGUAUUCUCGAGGAGUUAAAAAGAGAAGAACUAAGAUUUGUGCAGACAUUGGAGAGAGGAGAAAGAUUACUCGACCAGAUGUUAAAAGAAGCAUUAUCAAGUGACAGCAGCAAUACAACACCUCGUUUAUCUGGGAAAGAUGCUUUCCUUUUGUAUGAUACUUACGGAUUUCCUGUGGAAAUAACCGUAGAGGUAGCACAAGAGCUUGGUGUUGAGGUAGAUAUGGACGGAUUUGAUGUCGAGAUGGAGAAUCAAAGACAGCAGUCUCAGGCUGCUCAUAAUGCUGUUAAACUUUUGGUUGGAAACGAUGCAGACCUAGCGGAAACUAUCCCAGAGACAGAAUUUCUUGGAUAUGAUAGCCUUUCUGCAAGAGCGGUGGUGGAGGGUUUGAUGUUGGAUGGAAAGCCGAUUAAGCAGGUUACUGAAGGAAAUGAAGUAGAAGUCUUGCUAGAUAGAACUCCGUUUUAUGCCGAGUCAGGUGGUCAAAUAGGAGACCACGGAUUUCUCUAUGUCAGCAAUGCCGAAAGUCAAACAAAUGGUGUCGUGCAGGUGAAAGAUGUUCAGAAAAUUUCCGGUAGCAUAUUUGUUCACAAGGGAAUCAUAACAGAGGGUGUGUUGGAGGUUGGUCAACUAGUGGAGGCUGCAGUUGAUCCCAAACUCAGGCAAAGAGCUAAGGCUCAUCAUACUGCUACUCAUUUGUUGCAAUCUGCACUCAAAAAAGUUGUAGGGCAGGAAACGUCACAAGCGGGUUCUUUGGUGGCCUUUGACCGUCUAAGGUUUGAUUUCAACUUCCAUCGGCCGCUUUCAGACAAUGAAAUUUUUGAAAUUGAAGGCCUUAUCAAUGGGUGGAUUGGGGAUGCAACCCUUCUUCAAACUAAAGUGAUGGCACUAGAUGCUGCAAAAAGAGUUGGUGCGAUUGCGAUGUUUGGAGAAAAAUACGGAGAACAGGUACGUGUUGUAGAAGUCCCUGGUGUAUCCCUGGAGCUCUGUGGUGGCACUCAUGUGAGUAAUACAUCUGAAAUACGGGGCUUCAAAAUAAUCUCCGAGCAGGCAGUUGCAUCUGGCAUCCGACGAAUCGAAGCUGUAGCAGGCGACGCUUUCAUAGAAUACAUCACUACUAGGGACAAUUAUAUGAAGAAUUUGUGUUCUGCCCUCAAAGUUAAGGCAGAAGAGGUAACACCAAGGGUAGAAGCCCUGUUAGAGGAGUUGCGACAGGUGAGAAAUGAAGUUUCAGCUGCACGUGCAAAAGCUGCUGUUUAUAGAGCAUCAGCCAUUCUCGAAAAAGUCUUUACUGUCGGGGAUGCUAAGAAAAUUAGGGUAAUAGUCGAGUCAAUGGAUGAUACUGAUGCUGAUUCACUCAAGAGCGCAGCUGAAUUUAUGGUGAAUAAUUUAGAAGAUCCUGCAGCAGUGAUUUUGGGAUCAUCUCCUGGUGAAGGAAAGGUCAGUUUAGUAGCUGCAUUUACGCCAGGAGUUGUUGGGUUGGGUAUUCAAGCCGGCAAAUUCAUUGGACCUAUAGCCAAGUUUUGUGGAGGUGGUGGUGGUGGAAGGCCUAAUUUUGCUCAAGCUGGUGGAAGGAAACCUGAGAAUCUGUCAGCUGCUCUUGAGAAAGCGCGAGAUGAAAUUAUCUUGGCUCUCUCGGAGAAAGCAAGCUAAGGCGGAAGCAACUCGAUUGUUAAUACUUUUUUGAUUAUCCGGAAACAAAAAAGGCUUCAAUGCUCCUCUUCAUUGUUUCCGUCUUGUAGUAGUUUAGUGUAUUUCAAAUGUGUAAAGCAUACUUCACAUUCUUUCACAAUUAUAUGGCAGUUAUGUGAGAUUUGAGCA